AUGCCUCCAAAGAAGGGCGCCAAAGACCAAGGCCCGGCCAAGAAGCCGCAGACGGUGGCGGACAGGACCUUUGGAAUGAAAAAUAAGAAGGGUGCCCAGACUCAAAGGCAAAUAGCUCAAAUGCAACAGUCUGCCAAGGCUGGCGGCACCCCGGAGGAGAAGAAGAAAGCAGCGGAAAAGGCACAGAAAGAGAGAGACAAGGCUGCAGCCGAAGCAGUCCAGAGGGAAACCGCAGAAUUAUUUAAGCCUGUCCAAGUUCAGAAGGUGCCCUUUGGAGUCGAUCCGAAGACUGUCCUUUGCCAGUUUUACAAAAAGGGUCAUUGCGAGAAGGGGAAGAAGUGCAAAUUCUCUCACGAUCUGAACAUCGAGCGGAAAACUACCAAGAAAGAUCUAUACCAAGAUACAAGGGAGGAUGAAGAUGUGAAGAAGAAGCAGGAGACCAAUGAGGAUUGGGAUGAAGAUAAGCUGAGAGCAGUCGUGCUUUCCAAGAAAGGCAACCAGAAGACCUCAACCGAUAAAGUCUGCAAGUUCUUCAUAGAGGCAGUGGAAGAAGGGAAAUACGGAUGGUUCUGGACAUGUCCGAAUGGCGGCGACAAGUGCAUGUACCAGCACAAAUUACCACCUGGAUUUGUAUUAAAAACAAAAGAGCAAAGAGCUGCAGAAAAGGCUCUUAUGGAUAAAUCACCCCUCAAAACACUUACCCUCGAGGAUUUCCUGGAGUCAGAACGACACAAGCUUACGGGAACACUCACCCCUGUUACACCAGAGACGUUUGCGAAAUGGAAAGCAGAACGAAUGGACAAGAAAGCUGCUGAGGACCAAGCACGCCUUGCAAAGGAGGCCACCGGUCGUGCCAUGUUUGAAAAGGGUGAUUGGAAUGCAAGCGGUGAUGAAGACGAAGAUGACGACGAGGACGAAGAAGAAGAAGAUGAGGCUUGGAACAUGGAGAAAUUGCGACAAGAAACCGAAGCGAUACGGGAGAGGAAAGAGGCCGAAAGAAUCGCUCGUUACGGUGGAGCCCCACCGACAAAUGGUUAUAACGGUGUUCUAGAGAGUGUCCAGCCAGAUACCAAUGGAGCAGACAAUGGCGAAGGACCAUCAUAA